AUGGCCGAAGGUGCCUUGGAGUCCCCGCAGGGGCUCAAAGAAGAGGAGUCCCCCACUGGUACAUUCGGCAACGACUGGACCCACUACGGAGGCGAUUUCGGAGGACUAGGAGCGGUGUCCGUGGUGCUGCUCAGGGACAACGAGUACUUGCUGCCAACGAGCGUGCUGUGCGAGAACAGCCCCGUCAUCAGGAACGCCGUCUCUAAACAGCGGGGAGACACCAUCCCCAGGAUCCAGAUCAAGGGGGUCGACGACAAGACGUUCGAGGUGCUCGUUGAGUACAUGCGUUCUGGCGACACCAAAGUGAACGUACAGAAUGUCAUCGACGUCUACCACGCCGCGCAGAGCCUGCAGAUCACGCCCCUGGAAAUGCACUGCUGGAGCAGCGUCUUCGACAGGGAACCCAAGGAGAGGAGUUUGCCUGCGUGGGUAGCGGCAAAAAGACUCAAGAUGGGAAAGGAGGAGAAACAAUUGCUUAAAUUCAUCACGCACAAUUUUGACGACAUUGCCAGCACCAAGAGCUUUAUGGAACUAGAGUGCGACCAGGUGAAGGAGAUCCUCAGGUCCGACGUCAUCAAAGCUGAAAACGAACUGGAGUUGUACAAGUUCGCCAUGAAGUGGAUUCACCAUGACUGCAAGGAGAGGCAGAAGUUUGCAAGCAGCCUGAUGGAAGUCAUUCGCUUCCAAGACAUGACGCCCGCUCAGGUGGAUAACUUGAAAAAGUACCCCGUCUGUCCCGAAGUCCAGAAGGCGUUCGACAUAAGCAACAGAAUUCCUCAGCCUGGGCAGAAAAGGCCCGACAAGGGUCGGGAUUAUGGCGCAGGAUCAAAGCCCGCAGUUCCCGUGACUCCACAGUCUAAGGCAGCCACGCCAGCUACACCAGCCCCACCAGCCGCACCAACCACCCCAACCACGCUAACCACGCCAACCACGCCAGCCACACAAGCCACGCAAGCCACGCCGAUCGCACCAGCACCCGCGCCCCCACCUGUUUUGGUACCGGCGUUGUCGUCUCAGCCACCUGUAGAAAAGACGGUACCGGUAGAGAAAGUGCCUGCCGCGACACCACCUAUUGUACCAAAAAAACUUGAACGGAAAACGGAUGAAAAAAAGGCAGAGCCCAUAAAAGACGAGACAAAAGAAAGUAAGCAGUCCUUGUUACUGAGCUCCGCGCCCCCCAAAGGAGCGGACUCCAAGGAAAAGAUCAAGGGGGCUGACGAUAAGAACAAGAAAAAAUUGGAUUCAAAUGAUAAGGAUGACAAGGACAAGAAAAAAACGGACUCUAAGGAUAAGGUAGAUAAGGACAAGGAAAAACCGGACCCAAAACUUAAUGUGAAGGGAUAUAAAAAGGAUAAGGCGCAAACCGAGAAGAAAGACAAAAAAGACAAGAAGGACAAGAAAGACAAAAAGGACAAGAAGGACAAAAGAGAUAAGAAGGACAAAUCUGUCAAAUCAGAGGAUACGUCUGCUAAAUCUGAGACGAAGAGCGACGUGCUUUCUUCAUCGACAGCGGCACCCACACUCUCCGAACCGAGCCCGGCAUCAAAGUCGUUGCCUUCAGACUCCCAAGUUGCAAUAGAUAAAAGCAAAGAUAAAAAAGACAAGGACAAAAGAAAAGAUAAAGGCAAGCAAAAGAAGGAUAACGAUAAGAAAGGCAAGGAUAACAAAGAGCAGCCCAAGAAGAAGCGUGGAUUUUGUCCCUGGAGCAGUAAGAGCGGAAAAUCGUCUAAAAGUCAGUCGAAGGAGCUCAGUAAGAAAGGAGGUAAAAAGGAAAAGGGAAAUAAUAAAAAAUCAAAGGAAGGAGGAAAAAAAGGCAAAGGUAAAGAUACCACUUCCAAAGAGACUGUUGCUCGCACCGAAUCCAAGCCCACAGAAGCCGGCAAGAAAAAGAAGUCCAAGAGCAGAGAAAAGAAAGAUAAGAAAAGUACCUCCAAGGAGUCCAGUGGCAAGAGUAAAAGCAAAGAAAGUAAGGAAAAAAGUAGCAAGGAGGGAAAGAAAGAGACUGCAAGAAAGCCAAAGAAAGAGAAGAAGGCCAGCAAGGAGAAGAAAGGCUCAGACACCAAAGCCGGUGGUGGCGGUAAGAAAAAGGAGAGCGCCAAGCCUUCAGCCAGGUCUCGGAGGCAGGACAAACCGCGCCAGAGCGAAAAGUCCCCCUCUAGUUCCAGAGAUGCCAAGUCCUCCAGUAAGAGUUCAAAGUCUUCCUCCGCCCCUGUCCCAGGACGCAAGCUGGCCAGCCACAGAAAGUCGGACACUGGCCUCCAAAAGACGUCGGAUUCAGGUGGGGCCAAGUCUCACAGGAACACGCACAACGCAAACCGGAUGUCACGUAGGAGCUCGGACACGUCGACGCUGGGCAAGAAUCUGCUGAGGGCAGAACGGCGCAAGAGGAACCUAUCCAAGGUUCCACACCGAGCCAGGUCGGACACCGUACACUCGUCUGACUUUAGCCUGAAGGCACUAGAACAUGGCUCGUUCGCAGGGGAGGAGAUGGUGGUUGCAGUGCUGGGAGGACUCGCCGUGGACUCCAAGGGUGCUAACCGCGAAAGUAACGCUAUUGUCAAGUAUGUGCCCAAGGAGAGCAAGUGGACGCUUUCUGGAAAGCUGCCAAGCAAGCGGUACGGGCAUCUGGCUGCGGUGACCAAGGGAUGCUUGUACAUAGUCGGAGGAUUCGAAGUAAGCAGAGACAAAUGUCACAUUCCGACGGGCACCUGCAAUCGCUACAGCUUCUCCAAAGGUUGCUGGGACAAGGUGGCAAGUCUCAAGUACCCCCGAUGCCACCAUGGUGUCACCGUCGUGUUGGGACAAAUCUACGCCGUUGGCGGUCAGUCGGUGGAAAGCCUGUUCAUGGACUCUGUGGAGGCAUAUGACCCGGGUUCCGACAAAUGGUCUUCCUUGACACCGCUGUGCUGCGCACGGAUGGCGGCUAACGCCAUUGAGUUCAAGGACCAGAUGUACGUGGUCGGUGGGCUCAUGGUCGUUCCCGGUCACAAGCGAAAAGUCUGCAUCGUUCCGGACACCAUGUGCUUCAAUCCUCAGACAGACACGUGGCACCACCGAGCAGCCCUUCCGCUGCCCAUGUGCAAUUCGUCCCUCGUGGUGCACAACGACCGGUUGUUCGCCUUCGGCGGUCUCGUGCGCACCGUGACCCAAGACAAAUCCCAGCCCCUGACACCGAUCGGCGAUGUGCUUGAGUACACUCCUGGUACCGAUACCUGGGUCCUGGUGACGUCCAUGCCCACGCCUUGCCACAGUUCCUGUCUGGCGUCCCUCGGUGACGACAUCUACGUCCUGGGCGGCCAGCUGGAGGACGACGCAGCCACGGCCACCAAGGCAUCGUACCGCUACAACCCGUCCACCGACCGCUGGCUGGCCCUGCCCCCGUUGCCCUCGAGGCUGAGCCAGUCGUGCGCGGUCGCCCUUCGCAGGGACGUUUUCGAGUAG